AUGUCUGCACCUCCGCCACCGCCUCUGCAGCGGCGGCAUUGGCUGCUUUGUGGCGUGCUGGGUGGUGCAUCAGGGCUCCUUGCAGCCUACAGUCUCAAUGCCUAUCGAGACCGAGGCGUGGAGGUCCUGCGCAGAUAUGCAGAGGCCAGGCGAGAAAAGCUGCCACUGCGAGUUAUACUGGUUCGACAUGGCCAAUCAGAAGGGAACCUUGACAAGACGCUGUUCAAGACGAAGGGCGACAACCUCAUGGAACUCACUCAGUUGGGGAGCAAGCAAGCUGUGGCUGUGGGCAAACGCGUCAAGCAGGUUGUGCGUGACGAGAAGGUCCAUUUCUAUGUUUCUCCUUUCCAGCGAACGUUGCAAACUGCGAGAAACAUGAUCUUCUCCGCUUUCGAUCCUUACCAGAUUGUGGAUGUCACCGUGGAUCCCAGGAUUCGUGAGCAGGAAUUUGGAAACUUGCAAGGUGACAACUUUGUCGGCCUGAGAGAAGAAAGCACCAAGAUCAGAAGGUUUUGGUAUCGGUACCCGACCGGCGAGAGUGGGGCUGAUGUCUAUGACCGCACAAGACACUGGUGGGACUCAAUGAUGAGUAGACACCUGCUGGAACAGACCGGCACGACUUCGAUUAUAGUUGUCACGCAUGGAUUGACUAUGCGCUUGAUCUUGAUGCAGCUCUAUCAUUGGUCGCCCAAUACCUUCCAUUCAGUUUGGAAUCCCGACAAUUGCGCGAUGUAUGUUCUGAAGAAGAACAUGUCAAGCUCAGCACAUUAUCCAUACUUCGUGGAUGAAACGGAGGGCGACCGCCUGAUGUCUUCUAUAGAUCUUGUCGUCACUUUUCGAGACAACUCGACGAAACAGUUGACGAUGGUCGACUACUUGUCCAUUCCGCCGCCGCGUACGUUUCAACUUCCGGCGGUGAAGCAACUCCUCGCGGAGCAAUUUGGUUUUGAUCCGCUCGACAUCAAGGGCAUUGACCCUCGGCUCAGGGAAGACAUGCUCGUGACAAGCUUGUGCGAUGCUGCAAGAGCUGGGCUCGCUUUGCUAUGCGAUACCAUGUGGUACUAUGUGCUUUUGGAGCCACAUGCGGCAGUGAAAGGGGCCUGGCUCCCUCAACCAUGUGCCAUGUGA